UAGAAUAGCGGGUACUAGAAUUUGAGCCCAAGUAAAAAAGAAAAAAGAAUCAACGUAUUAUCUAUUAUUUUUCUCUUAAAUUCAAUCCCGCGAAAAAUCAGCUCAGCUAAAUCUAGGGAGCGCUUUUGUUAAGCCCUCUCUCACUCUCAUUUUGACACAAAAAAAGAACCAGAGAAAUUAUUUUUAGGGUUUUAGGCUUUGGGAUUUUCUGAUCCCAAAAUGAAGCAAAAGAAUGAGCAAAUUCAUACUACAAGGCUGUUAACUUAUCUUUUAAUCGGGUUAAUCGGGGUUCUGGGGUUGGUUUGUUUGUACUAUGGAUCUUCAGUUGCCCCCGGGUCGAGGAGAUACGACGACACAGAUUCUCGGCUGGAUGGAUCGGACCCAGUUUUUGGUGGGUUUUCAAGGAACCGGGAUUUGGUUGAUUUGCUUGACGAGCAAGGAUACUACCUUGAAGUUCCUAAGAGCAUCCCUAUAUGUGACAUGAAAUAUUCAGAGUUGAUACCCUGCUUGGAUAGGAACCUUAUAUAUCAGUUGAAAUUAAAGCCUAAUUUGACGGUAAUGGAGCACUAUGAGCGUCAUUGUCCGCCACCAGAGCGACGUUACAAUUGCUUAAUUCCACCGCCAAAAGGUUACAAGAUUCCUAUAAGAUGGCCUGUAAGUAGAGAUGAAGUCUGGAAAGCCAAUAUACCCCAUACACAUCUUGCGCAAGAGAAAUCAGAUCAGCAUUGGAUGGUUGUUGAUGGGGAAAAGAUAAAGUUCCCUGGUGGUGGAACCCAUUUUCAUUAUGGUGCUGAUAAGUAUAUUGUUGGUCUUGCUCAGAUGCUAAAAUUUCCUGGUGAUAAACUGAACAAUGGUGGACAUAUCCGAAAUGUUCUUGAUGUGGGAUGUGGAGUUGCAAGUUUUGGAGCCUAUCUCCUACACCAUGAUAUCAUAGCCAUGUCCCUUGCACCUAAUGAUGUGCAUGAGAAUCAAAUACAAUUUGCACUGGAAAGGGGUAUCCCUUCAACACUUGGUGUGUUGGGAACAAAAAGGCUUCCUUAUCCAAGCAGAUCAUUUGAGUUAGCUCAUUGUUCACGAUGCCGAAUUGACUGGCUUCAGAGAGAUGGGAUUCUCCUACUGGAACUCGAUAGAUUACUGGGACCUGGAGGGUACUUUGCAUAUUCUUCUCCUGAAGCCUAUGAACAAGAUCCGGAAAAUAGAAAGAUCUGGAAUGCUAUGUACAGCCUCUUGAAAAGAAUGUGCUGGAAAGUUGUUGCAAAGAGAGGCCAAACUGUGAUAUGGUCUAAGCCUCUGAGCAAUAGCUGUUACUUGAAGAGAGAUCCUGGGACUCUGCCUCCUUUGUGCAAUUCCAGUGAUGACCCAGAUGCAAGUUGGAAUGUGUCUAUGAAGGCUUGCAUCACCCCAUACUCUGCAAGGAUGCACAAAGAAAGAUGGAGUGGACUACUUCCUUGGCCACAGAGGCUUACUGCAGCGCCACCUCGCCUUGAAGAAAUUGGUGUUAGCUCUGAGGAAUUCCAUGAAGAUACUAAAAUAUGGCAUUUUAGAGUGAUUGAGUAUUGGAAACAGAUGAAAUCUGUUAUACAGAAGAAUUCGAUCAGAAAUGUCAUGGAUAUGAACUCGAACCUUGGAGGGUUUGCUACUGCACUCAAAGAUAAGGAUCUCUGGGUAAUGAAUGUGGCUUCUGUCAAAAUGUCUGCAAGAUUGAAAAUUAUUUAUGACCGAGGCUUGAUUGGAACAGUUCAUGAUUGGUGCGAAGCAUUUUCUACAUACCCACGUACGUACGAUCUUCUUCAUGCCUGGGCGGUGUUUUCGGAGAUUAAGGAGCGCGGUUGUAGUUCGGAGGACCUCCUGAUUGAAAUGGAUAGGAUACUUCGUCCUGACGGGUUUGUCAUUAUAAGAGAUAAACACUCAGUGAUAAAUUACAUCCAGAAAUUUAUCACUGCAUUGCGGUGGGAUGGCUGGUUAUCUGAAGUUGAACCCAGAACUGAUGCUCUCUCUGGUGGUGAAGAACUGGUGUUAAUAGCGAGAAAGAAGUUGUGGACUGAUGGGUUUAUGACAAUGUGAAUGUACUCUCUUUCUCUGUCAGAUAAUAACAGGACCAAAUCUCAAGAGUAAUUGGCAUCACGUUGAAUGUGCAAACUAUAGACGGAUAUACUGCCUGCUGGUUGCUGCAAACAGCCGCAAUCCAUGAAGAAAAGAAAGAGCGAAGCUCAGCCUUAGACAUUUGUUUUGCACUCAAUGGGAUGUAUUUGUUGAAAGUACCGAAAAUCACUUUCGUUUAAUGUUCUUGUUUUCAUAUGUAUUUGUAAACAAUUUAUUCCCCCUUGAAAAACCUGUUUUAAAGUCCCAAUUUUCUUUGUGCAUUAAGUACAUAUCUGAACCUUGUCCUAAAGGUGUAACCCAAUAGCAUAUUCGAGCUGAAAUAGUUAAGAUGUUCUAUUCCAAAUUCAAA